AUGGACAGCAACAAAGACCUCCUCGCGAAAGCACAGGAGUACUCGUCUAGCAAUGUCGACCUCUACGAGCUGCUGCAGAUCCACACUACAAUAACCGAAGAGAAGGAGAUUCGGCGUGCGUGGCGCAAACAGUCGCUUAAUUACCACCCGGACAAGCUCAAGGACGCAUUCGACCCCGAGAAAUGGGAGCUCAUCGAGACGGCGCGCGACAUCCUCCUCGACGCCGCCGCCCGCGCCGCCUACGACAACGCCCGCAAGGCAGUCCUCCUGCGCAAGGCCGAGCGCGACCGCGUUCAGGGACAGCGAAAGCGCCUGAUCGACGAGCUCGAGGCUGCGGAGCAGGAGGGGAAAAGACAGAAGCUUGCCGAGGAGGAGCGCGCACGCGAACUCGAACGUGAACGGGCGCGACUCGUUGAAGAGGGACGCCGGCGCAUGGCAGAGGAGGCGGAGCGGUUCAAGAGGGAAAACCUCGAGCGUUUGGAGAGGGAGAGAGAGCCCGACGAAUAUGACGAGAAGCUGGCCGAGUUACAAAGGCGGCUCGAUGAGAAGAAACGUCUCAAGGCUGAGAAGAAGGCGAAGAAGAAGGGUGGUGUCACCAACGGCGCUGACUCCGCCGCGGCACCGAACACAUCGAAUACCCCUGCUCCAGCACCGGCACCAGUACCAAAGGCACCGGUCAAAUGGGAGGAUCUCAAGGCGCGGAUGAGCGCAGCACAGAGACUCAAAGAGGCCAAGAAAGCCGCCGAGGCUGGGCUGGCGACAGAGGAAGAGGUACAGCAGAGAUACGAGGCACUCAGGGCUCUGGACCCGAAUCGUACAGACUGA